AUGUUAAAUGGAUCAAUGAAAAUAUGUGUUAUUGGAGAUAUGAGUGUUGGUAAAACAUGUAUUUCUAAUAGAUUAAUUAAAGACCAAUUUAUUGAUGAAGAAAAAGCAACUAUUGCGGCAUCAUUUGUAACAACAAAAUUAGAGUCAGAAGGAAAAGAAGUGGAUGUAUCUAUUUGGGAUACUGCAGGACAAGAGAAAUAUAGAUCAAUGGUAUCAAUGUAUUAUCGAGGAAGUAGUGGAGCAGUUAUUGUAUAUGACAUUACUUCAAAAACAUCAUUUGAACAUAUACGUGGUUGGUAUAAAGAUUUAAAAGAUGCUGUUCCUGAUGUAGCUGUUGCUGUUGUAGGGAAUAAGAGUGAUAUUAAUGAUCAAAGAGUUAUUAAUGAAGAUGAAAUAAAAAGAUUAAAUGAAGAAUUAAAAAUUGAAGUAUAUGCUGAGGUAUCUGCUAAAACAGGUGAAAAUGUUAAAAAAGUAUUUCUGGAUUUACUUAAAUUUAUGAAACCAAAAGAACGAAGUGAAGUUACUUGUAUUGAACAUCACCAAAUUCAAGAAAAAGAUGAAGAGUCAACUAGUUGUUGUUAA